CUGUUUUCGUGUUUCAGGACCGAGAACUCACCUGUCUGACGUGUAUACCUGUCGGUGUGAGCAGUGGUCGCUUCUCCAGGAUGAUGCGCCUCGCAGUUUUUCUCCUCAUGAUAUCUACAGGAUCCCAGCUGGCAGGAGCUCUAGUCUUUGAGAUCCACAUAAAAAUUGUGGAAGGACGGAGCGUCUCCCUGCCAUGCCGAGCUCCCAACAUGAUCGACCCCAUCAAAUAUUUGGAGUGGAGCAGACCCGACCAGAAAAUGGCAUACAUCUUUCUCUACAGAGAUAAGCAUAUUUAUGCAGACUUCCAGGACCGGGCUUUCAAGGACCGAGUAGAUCUGCUGGACAGAGAGAUGAAGGAGGGAGAAGUGUCUUUGGUUCUAAAGAACACCACAACUGCCGACACCGGGGUGUAUGAGUGUCGGGUCGUCCAAGCCGUGACAAACCGUCAGAAAAGAGCAGUUCUGAUCUCUGAGCCCAACAUGAUCAUAAAGCUAAGAGUUGUUCGAGAAAAUCAAAUCCACGAGGCUGACGACGACACCUGGGACGUCCCAAGAAGAAACCUGGACGAAGAAGAUGAAAAUGAAAAUAUCCAGGAGUAUCUCGCACUCUUACUGCCAGUUGUUGCAAUAACCGUCCCUCUUCUGGCUUUAACCACAUUCAAGUUUUUCAGAUCUUUAUUUAUGGUGAGCUACAGAACACUGUCUAAGUGAUCUAAGUGAUCUCUCUAGUAAUGAAGAACACGCAGAAAUUGCUGGCUGGGAAGCUUUCUGAUGAUGAAAAGUCUUUGGUUUGGUUCAAGGUUUACUCUGCUUCACUUAAUUACAUUUUAUGUUGUGAACCAGAUUGGGAACUGUUUUUUAAUGAGUCGAAGUUUAUAUAUCAAGGUGCUUCACUGUUUUUGCGGAAUAUGUAUCACUUUGUAUGGGGAAUGGGAGCAGAUGUUAGACGGCUUUGCAUUCUGGGAUUGCUGUGGUUUUACUGUCACAUCUGCUAUGUAGGGGUUCAAAGGUGGCGGUGGUAUAAAGAGACACCAGGGCAGAACAAAUGAAUGAAGAUGAUGAUAUUGUUGAACAUUAGAGAAGUUACGAAUCAUAGAAAAAUAAGGCUCCUUAAUGGGCUUUUGAAACAGGAGUGACCUCGUCUUGUUUCCUGGAAAUUGUUAAUGGUUUUGCUGUAUAAUUUGUUCCAGAGCAUGUUUAUGCACAUGAAAACUCAAAACAGUGUAAUUUGAUUUAUUCCUUUCUAUUCUUUUACAGAGGUUUUUAUCACUUAAAAGUUAUGGUAAUAUUAGAACAGCUCCCGAACAUAAGGUGGUCAAAUUUCAGCUAUUAGGAACACUUUGGAUCAUAGAUUUGAAUUUCUAUUAUAUCAAAUUAAAGCACUAUAAUAAUGGGUACCUACACAGCUUUUAAUAUAAACUUGUUACAAUGAUACAUUUUCCACAUUAAUUUGCCAGAAACCAAUUUUCCUUGUUUAAUUCACAUUUGUGCUAUUCUAAUUGGGGUGUCAAACUCAAGUCCUCAAGGGCCGGGAUCCUGCAACUUUUAAAUGUGUCCCUGAUCAUACCUGAAUCAAAUGGCUUAAUAACCAACCCCGCAUGCAUGCAAGUUGUGCUUUUCUUGCCGAUGACCCUUAUUAUUUAAUUCAGGUGUGUUGAAGCAGGGCAGAGAUGGCAAAAGUACUUACUUUCCGUGCUUGAGUAAAAGUACAGAUACUUGUGUUAAAAAAUACUCUGGUCAAAGUGGAAGUACUGA